AUGUGUAAGGUGACAGUACUAUCACACAGGAGUGGGGGCGCCCGGGCCGAGCCCCCCGACGGCGCGGACGGCGGCUUCCCGCUGCUCAAGAUAUCUGCCCUGCUCCUCCUCGCCUACAUCCUCCUCCGCUGUCGCCACGCUGUCCGGCAGCGUUUCCUGCCCGGGUCUCCCCGCCUGGGGGGCCACUCCACCUAUUCUCCAAGACACUUCCAAGAGCCCAGCCUCGACAUCUUGCUGGAGAGUUACUACGAACAUGAGGUGCGCCUGUCACCGCACGUGCUGGGCCACAGCAAGGCACACGUGAGCCGGAUCGUGGGCGAGCUGGUGCGGGCUGGCCGCGCCCGGGGGUCCCCAGGCCCUAUUCCUGGGGGCACAUUGGCCUUGGCCUUCCGCGGAGACUUCAUCCAGGUGGGCAGCGCGUAUGAGCAGCAUAAAAUCCGCCGGCCGGACGCCUUCGACGUUCUGGUGCCAUUGCGCCUGCCGCCGCUGGUGGCGCUGGAACCGCGGAGCCUGGGCGCGCAGCCCGCUUUGGCCCCAGCCUUUCACGGCUGCUUCGUGUGCGCACUCAAGGCGCCGCCGGGGGCCUCGGGGAGUCACUGGCUCCGGGACUGCAAACCCUUCGCUGAGGGCUUCUGUGUGGAUGUGCGCGGGCGGCGCCACCUCUCGGCCACCCUGGUGCUGCGCUGGUUCCAGUCGCAUCUGCAGCGUUCCCUGGCCACCGUGCGCUACAGCCUGGAGGAGCGCUGUCGGGUCACCCUGACUCCGGGGGGCCUGGAGCAACCUCCCACCCUGCACAUCCUGCCCUGCCGCACCGAUUAUGGCUGCUGCAGACUUUCCAUGGCUGUGCGACUCAUUCCCGCCGUCCAUUUGGGUGACGGUGUCUUCCUCGUGGCUCCACCACCGCCAUCCUCACCCGUUGGGCCCCUGUCGGAGCUCCCGGAAGGCCUGCGUUCUGAUGCACUUUGGGGCGUGAACACAGCCCGCCAGGAGCAGAAGCUGCUAGGCUGGCUGCAGGAACGGGCCCCUCCAGGUGCCUGCUACCUCAAGUGCCUGCAGUUGCUUAAAGCCCUCCGAGAUCUGGGCGCCCGCGGGCUGGACCCAAGGGCUGCCACCCAGUGGGGACGCAUCCUGUCCUCAUACGUGCUCAAGACAGUGCUGCUGGCGGUGCUGCUGUGCGAGAGGGCGCCCGAGCAAGGCUGGGAUGAGGCUCACCUGGGCAAGCGCAUGGAACAGUUAGUUCGGUUUCUUAGGGACUGCCUGCUGGGACGCCAGACACUCUUCCACUGUGUUCUGGGCCUUGGCGGGGCCGCCGCUGAAGUGGGCCCACUGCCCAAGGUACUUCGUGAAGCCGCCCCAGUUGACCUCCUGGCUGCUUUCGAUCGUCAGGCCCGGGAACUCGUGGCUGCACGGUUGCUGUCCACAUGGCGAAGGCUGCCCCAGCUUCUGCGGGCCUAUGGGGGUCCCCGCUACCUUGCCAGGUGCUCUCCACCCCGGAGUCAGCGCCCCCAGCACACCCAGGGCUUCCCCAAAGAUGAACCAUAAACCCUGGCCUAAUGCUCCUAAAGCCUCUGCCACCAGGUGGGGGUGGGGAUGGCCAUGAAGCCAGUUCAGCUCCAGAAAGAUGAGCUGCAGGAGGUGUUGGAAACUUCGGAGGAUGAUAUUUGGUGGCUUAAAUGACACCCUUGGGUCCACAGUCCAGUAUAGUUAUGGCAACUUCUUCACACCCACCAGGGUGUCCUAGGCAGGCUCCAGAAAAACAUCCAACAGCAGCAGCUAAGAGUUAGUCCAAAUGUGGGUUUGUGUGGAAUGAUUCUGUGGAAGGAUCUGCAGAUUUUAGGAAGGUCCCGUGAAGGAAGAGAGAGCUGGCCGCAGGAAUAGUUCCCUCUGUUGGUUUUUGUGUCACAGAUCUCUCUGCCCUCAAACUUAAAGAAGUUAAAUUUUUGGGGGCUUGACGACUUGCUAGGUCCUGGGUUCCUGAUUGAUUUUGUAAAAAACAUAAAUAUCUACAACUGGAAUUGAAGUUCUAGUCUAGGGGCUACUGUUCUGAGGAACAUAGUUUCCACUCUUCAAAUGAAUAUUAAUGUAUUUUUUAAAAGGUGUAAUCGUUAGUGUUUGAUGGGAUUGUGAAGAAGUAAGUCACACAGGUUGAGAGGCAGCCAAGAAUUGGUUAGAGAAAAUUCCAGAGCAAAUAGCACUUUAUUUUGAUCAAUUCUUUUAUUUUGUGAUAAUCGCUAGUGCCAAGUGUUACAUCUAAAAGGGAGACUAGCUCUAUUUACUAUUAAGAAAGGUGCAGUCUUGAAAAGCUGGCUUACUUUAUUUACAUCCCUCCAGGCACAUGCCAGAAUGUGUACCAGUCAACAGCCAUUCAUUGAGCCCAUGCUGUGAUCCAGGCACAGUGCAAAGUAGCAUCAAAGUGCACGUUUAAGACAACACCGGGGAGGGCGGAAAACAUGUUGGGUCUCGAGAAAGAUGUAUUUUAGUCUUUGCCUAUCAAGGAGUCUCCCUGGAACUUGCUGCUGGCUGCAGACAAGAACCUCUUUUUAAAGCUUUUAAGCAAACUCCUUUGCAUGAGAUUUCUUUCAGAGUUCAAUGAGGUAAUGAAGAGGAAAUGCCUACUGUAGUGCCUAACUUGUAGUUAUUGCUCUCAAUGCUCAGUAAUGGUUAGUGGUUGAAAGUUAUUCUCCUGUUGCCAAAGCUGCCUUUAAGGGGUGCUAAGGCGACUUUGAAAAGCGGAUGUCAGCACAGGUCUUACAAAGCAUUUCAUUGUGUAUAGUUCAGUAUCUGGGGCUCGGUAUUUGAAGAUCCACGACUCCCUGGUCAAUCAGCAGAGGAGAAAUACAGAAGAGAGCAUGAGGAGAUGGGUGGAGAUGAAGGGAGAUAGCCCUUGUCAGCUUUUUUUUUUUCUUUUGUCCUUUGGACAGAAAUAUACCAGGUUGGGUGUGUCUUGCAACCAGAAGGAGCCCCUUCUGAAAUCCCUCUUUGUCCUCCCAAAUUUCUAACAGCCCACAAUUCCAAGUUUAGAAUGGUCCAUCCUAUGCUCUCCUACUAGAAACUGCAGCCAGUCCCAGUGUUACUUUGGGAUUUUUUUUUUUUAAACAAAGACACGUACUCUCUUAGGCUCUUAAAGGGUAAAACUUGGGAGACAGAAAUAGCCACCUGAAUAGGGCCAUUGUUUAAUUCCUGAGUUACUUUGAGGGAACUCUAAACUUUCUUUAAGGGACCUAGUUGGCCACUGCAGGAAAUCAUUGUGAAUAAAUGAUUUAUAGGAAAUCCUCAUCAGAACUGCAGAGACUUCUUACAUCCUUUGCAGCCUUGGACUGUAAGAGAAACAGUUGCAGAUGUUCUGCUUUCUCCUUGAGGUUGUUUUGGGGAGAGUUCCUCUUGAAACCACAAAGAUCAUUCCUAGCUUUUGAGGUCAGUGUUAGGUUAUAAGGUACUGCAUUUAGCAAAGGGACCAGUCUACCAGCUUUCUGCAAAGAUAUAAACUGUACAGAGUUCAGUUUCCCCUGUAGUCAUUUAAGUCUACUGGAGUGGGGGACAUUGAGGCUCUGGAGGGAUUAUAAAGCUUUAAAAGCUGAAUUUUUCAAAUAUUUCUAGCUAAGUUGAUAGGUUCCUUUUUUUAAUCUUUGUAGUGUUUUGAAGUUUAAAUCUGGUAACAUACUGUUCUUGUAGGUUUUUAUUUUUAUUUUUUUCUUCAGGUUAAUUACCCAAAGCCUCAUCCAUCCUCAAUAUUUUAAAUUUUUAUUACUAUUUUUUAAUUAAUGGGCAUUGUAUUUGUUAAUUUUUUUAAUAUUAAUGUUUUAUUUAAAUGCCAUGCUGAGCAAUUGUUCUCUGGACAUGGUAACCAAAACUUAGAGUUUUCGAUCGAUUUUGAUCAAUGUUUAGUAAUCCCAAACAUGUACUGUGUACAAAUGAAAUAAUAUGGCAUAUUAGCCAGGUGUGAUGGUUGCCCAAGGCACUUAAAUUAAGCUCAGUUCUGUACUUUAUUAGGGCUCCGUCAUGAUCUUGAUCUGAAAAGUACACAUUUUUGGUGUAUACCUGGUACUGGAGAUUCAUAUUUGCAAAUAAUCUUAUACAGGAAGGCUCAGAAUUGCUUACGUUUAAAAAAAAAAAAAGAUUAAUUGUCCAGGCAGUGCCCAAAGAAAAUGUUUGGAGAAAAUGACUCAGCCAUUUUGCCACGAGACACCCUUCAGUAACUCCACUGAGCAGUCUUGGGAGCCAUCCUAGAAUGCUCCAGGGCUGAGAGUAGGAGGUGGGGUUUGCAAAAUGAAACUGAAGUGAAAGAAGGUAGAAUGUGAGUGAACCAAGAGAAAUCUGAAGGACUCGGGAAGUAGGACCUAAGAUGGAAGUGAAAGGAAGGAGAGAUGGGGUGGAAAUCAUGGGGGUGGGAGAGAGGUUUGGGUUAGGAAACACAUUUUUAGGUAUGUGCUAUAUCAAAACCAGGGGUCACAAACUCAGCAGCCUGCAGAAGCAAGGUAGAGAAGGGGUGGGUGGGCAGUGGGGACCCCCUGUCUUAAGGGAAACAGCCAUUAUUCGGCUCCAUGCAGGGGAAAGGGGUACAGAGGGGCUGGAAAUCAGGAUUUUUUUUUAAUUAAAUUUCUGAUUUUGAAGUAAUUUUAAAAUUUCCAAAGUACCAUGUGGGCCAAACAAAACUUUCGGUUAAGUCUGCAGACCACCAGUUUACGACCCCUGACUUACACAGUUAAACCCCCAAGUAUGUAUAAGGUUAUAUUUAUUGUUAUGGAUAUGAUGUUGUUAUACUUAGUUGGGGGAGUGAUAUCUCAGUCUUCUUUAUCUCUCAGAGCUAAGCUUUAUUGUAGAAACAAACCAAAAAUAUUAACAUGGCCACAGAUGACACUUAACUCACAAUUCCCAGGAGGACCCUCUGGUGGAACUGUUCUUUGCAGUCAGAUCCUCCAGCAAACCAUGAGGCCCGUUCUUGGCAUUUCCUUCCUGGUGAGUCCGGGCUAAACUCCUAGGCUGUGUUGGAGUUUAAAGAUGACUCAUCAGGAAGGAUUGCAGAAUAACUUGUUUCUUUUUUAUUUGCAUUUUAUUCUUAUUUUAAAAUUUAUUAUUGUUAUUAUUUUAUUUUUAUUUUUUUAGCAGUGUCCUUGCCUGUGCCUUAGCAAGGAUAGCUGGUGGCCUUGAACACCAGAAAAACAGUGCUGGGUCUUUGGGCCAAGCUUCUUAGGCUUGUUACCCUUCCCGUUGCCAAGAACGCUGUUCUGAUCAGAUGUGUCUCUAUCCCUUUCUGACUCAGUGGCUCCCACCAAAAUCAACAUUCUGAAGGAAUGAACCUAAUGGCUUCCAGAGAGUUUCUUUUAUCCUCCUGGAGUAAAUCACUUUUUCUGUAAAAUGUGGCUUUUGACCUUGAUGCUGAAGACUUAAUUUUCCCCACCCACCCAUGAAGAGGAAAAAAUGUUUCUCAGUGGUGGAAAAAAUGAAUCUCAUUAACAUUUCCAGUGUCCCUGGAGAGGGAGCGAAGUUCAGUGUUAUCAUGUGGCAUUUGUUAAUUUCUUUAAAAUCUCAUGUCUAUUACUAAGACACUAGUGUUUAUUUUUCUAUACCUGCACAGCUCAUGAUUUGGUGGGGAUAAAGGAAGUAUAAAUUGGGAGCAGGUGAAGAUACAUGUGAACUUGUGUACAGAGAGAAUAGACUAAAAUGUGCGGCUAAAUUAUAUGGAAUCUGGUUUUUGAAGUAUCAGAUAUUCAGGAAUAUUUUGAGCAUCUUUUGCUUUAAAAAAAAGUGCCUUGAUUUAGUCACUUGACUUUAAAACAUUCCUCUUAUUGUGAUUUUUAAUGUGUGUUCUGACCCCAAACUGUGUAUUAUGAUGCAGUGUCAGCUGCCGUCAGAGCAUAUGUUUUGUCCCAAUAACAGAGACUAAAGAGUUAAUAAAUGUGGUUCAGCUGCUACAGUGGUGUGAGUAAAAGGCGUUUAGUCACACCAGGUUUCUAUGGCCCGAAUAGCUGAGGCCUUCCAUUUGUUUUCUUUUUCAGGUGGGAGUAAAUUUGCACUUUUAAUCACAUGGAUCAUUUGGGGGCCUUGUUCUUUUAUACUUUGCUUUGUUAAUAAAGGAUCUUGUAGAAAC